CUCAGCUCAUUACUGUCCCCCACGAUUCUCGCGAGCCCCCUUUGAUUCCCGAAUCUUUACCCUUUAUUGGACAUGCCCUAGGAAUACUACACCAUGGCUCCAUGUACUAUACCAAGAUUGCCUCCAAAAACCGGAAGCUCCCAAUCUACACCCUCAGCGUCCCACGGUCCAAGAUUUAUAUUGUAACUUCACCCGGGCUAGUCUCGGCCAUUGAACGGCAUCCGAGAUCCAUCUCUUUUGGUCCUUACGUUGUCAUGUUUGCGAAGCAGAUGCUCUUACCGAGCCAAAGGGCUCUUGAGAUGCUGGCCGAAGGCCCCGGAGGGGGGAGUAACGAUGCUUGUAGCCUCCAGCAGGAAACUCUGCAAGCCAUGCAUCAUUCGAUGUCGCCCGGGAUUGAGCUUGAUCACACAACGCGGGCUAUGCUUGAGAGCGUCACCCGGCGCAUGGUCAACAACGUUGAAAAUGCGAGCGUCGAUGCUAGAGUGGGCUUUUUCGCCUGGGCACGAGAGCUCAUAACUCAGGCCAGUACAGAUGCGAUAUUUGGGGCGGAGGGAAAUCCAUUUCAGGACCCUAAUAUCCACGAUGCUUUCUGGACGAUCGACAAGAAUUUCGCCUAUCUGGGACUCAACCUGCUCCCUUGGCUUCUCGCACGGCGUGCUCACCGCGCCCGCCAGCGCAUCUUUGAUGCAUUCUAUUCCUACUACGCUUGUGGGGGUCAGGAACACGCAUCUGCCCUCGUAAAGGCCCGCUAUGGAGUCAAUCGCAAAUACGACGUCUCAUUAACCGAUAUCGCCCAUUUUGAUCUCAGUAUCGCGACUGGCUUACUGGUUAACACUGUCCCUUCGACAGCAUGGGCUCUCUACCACGCCUUUUCGUCCCAGGAGGUUCUCAGUGAGCUUCGCCAAGGCAUAUCCAGGUAUGUCAGGAUAGUGAGGGAUGAUCGAACGGGCCAAAUCCUAGCACGCCACCUGAAUAUCGCUGCGGUUGUGAACGACUACCCAUUCCUCCAUGCGUUCAUCCAGGAAGUCCUCCGCGUUCAUUCCACCAACGCCUUGGGGCGAGUCGUGCUCGACGACACCGUCAUCGAUGACGACGGUCGCCAGUAUCUACUACGAAAGGGCUCUAUUCUCCUGAUUCCAUCCGCCGAGUUGCACAACCACGUAGAGGCGUGGGGUCCGUCGCCAACAUCCUUUAAUCCCCAGCGAUUCCUGCAGCCGAGGUCGAAGGCGAAGGCUUCCUCUGCGUGUCGCACGUUCGGCGGCGGGGCCUGGGUCUGUCCGGGGCGCCAUUUCGCACUAAAUCAGAUCGCUAUCGUCUUAGUGAUGAUGGUUUGUCGGUUUGAUUUGGUUCCGGUCGCGAAGGAGGGCUGGACGAUGCCGGAGUGCCGCCCGCAUAUUUCGACUUCUAUUCUGUCGCCCGUUGUUGAUUCGAGUGUUCGCAUUGUGGAGACCAAAGGUGCAGAUGAGGGAGAGUGGUGCUUUUCAUGGGAGAGGUAAUAUGCCCAUCAUCUUUGUGUCGCAAUUCUAGGCUCCCCGGUCUAGUUUCAGGUGUUUCCCUAUCUAAAGAGGGACUAUAUCAAUUGGUCACCAACAGGGGGUGGGGCUGCUUGAGGCUAGGAACGCUCUUUUGGGUCUUCUUCGUACCUUAAUCAAACACGGUGUAACGGGUCCUUGAUAAAGAAAAUAUUACAAUUUGGUAUGAAUGUUUAAACAAGGCAAC